GUAAGGAAGUAAGGAAAGGUGGCCAAGCCGACCACUUUGGAGAGAAACGGAAGCCAUGCGGGGUGGAGAUGUAAUUGAUGUUGAAAUUGAAGUACGCUUGUCUUGAUUUUGUUCGUCCAAAUCCGAGAAGCAAUUGAUUAGAACAAUGGAGUUGGAAGCUGAUCUUGCAAACAAAAAAGACAUCGAUUAAAUUAGUUCAUCUUUAUUUCAGAACUACCGACCUUCAAUUCAGUUCUUCUUCUUACAUCUGGAUUCGAUGUGACACUGUACUUUAAUCCUCCUCCCACGCUCUCAUCCACUCCAUCGGGCAUCGCCUAAACCCAAGCAAAAAGGAGGAAAUGAGGUACGGAUGAUUAGAAUUAUGCUGUUUAUCUUUCUACGUAUUCGAAAUAUUCUAGUGAUUGGAAGGAAAAAAGUUCGGUGAGACUUGUCAAUUGCUGUCGACUUUUUGAUCUAAUCCUGUAGUAAAUUAAUUUGCAAGUGGAUUUCAAGUCGAAGAGGCGAAAAGAAGAGGAAACAUUAAUUUAAAGCAUAUGUGAUUAAUUUAUUGUUAGAACCAUGGGAAAGCUUGACUUCGGUGUGCUAUGGCGGACACUUGGUGGAGUCGUGUGCUUAAAUAAUCAUUUGGAUAACAUUGGGGGUUAUGACAUUAGGAGCAAUUUUCUGUUCCUUUUGGAGUUUCUUGGCUUUUUUGCUUUAAGUAGGAUAAAUGGGUGGAUAGGAAGAAGAUUGACGCGACUUUUUGAUCCAAGUGGUUUUUUAUUGGGUUGGUAUACGGUGCAGCAAUUCUGCUUUUCAACGUCUAAGUUUAGGACAAGGUUUGGAGUUUCUUGAAUGACGCAUGCAAGUGAAUGAAACAAAAAGGGAAAAUGAAACCAGAGCCUAUCAAUUUGAAUGGAAUGGUAGCCACUUGCCAACGCCAAGCCAGAUUUUUGGUAUGGUUGUGCUUCACAGCCAAGGUGUUUGAUGAAAUGCUUCACAGAAAGAGCUGCUGCAGCGAUUUAGAAGGUGUUAUUGGCUGCUUCAGUUCAAUGCACUAUGCUUCUGUAGUCUGGUGGUGGGAGUUCUUUAGGUAAAGUUCUAGCCUGAGUUUGACUUUAACGCCAUUAGUCUUUGUUUUAACCUUUGAAUUCUUUCACCUUUGACAUGAUUUCAUCCGUCACCACUUAUGAGCAUAUAUGUAUCUGUGCCUGUGCGUGUUUAUAUCUACAUUAGAUGCAUAUCAAGCUGUACACUGAUAGGGUCAUUACAAUCAUGUGUUUAAGCCUUAUGCUCAUGUAAAUUUCUCAAGAACUGUAGCUUUACUUUGUUAAAUUGGCCCACUUUUCCAACUUUAUCAUCCUAUAAAAACCCAUUAUUUCUCCUGCUCUUAUCACUGGCCUCCCCAUCAGCAAUCUUCUAGACAAACCCCCUGAAGCCACUAUCAACAAAAGUUCUCAAACAUGGUUCCAGCUGAAAUGACUGGCAUCCAGUUUUUUCCAUCUGAAAACGCUUUUCAAAUUCCUUCAAAUAUUGGCAUGAUCCAGAACAGCUUUCAGACCUUCCAUCAUUUGAAUGACUUUCUAGGAAACCAACCAAUGUCUCACGUCCCUCAUCCUGGCCUUGAAUUCCUUGCACAAUCCUUAAGUUUUAGCUACAACUCAACAUCUGAUGAAGCCGAGGAACAACAGAAAAGUAUUAUUGAUGAGAGAAAGCAAAGGAGAAUGAUUUCUAAUAGAGAAUCAGCUCGUAGAUCACGGAUGAGAAAACAGAAACACCUUGAUGAGCUUUGGUCUCAGGUGCUUAGGCUUCGCUCUGAGAACCAUGAGCUGGUGGACAAGUUGAACCACAUAUCUGAUUGCCAUGAAAAGCUUCUUCUGGAGAAUGCCAAGCUGAAGGAGGAAGCCUCUGAUCUUCGUCAGAUGCUCAGUCACCUGCAAAUUGGCAGACCUUACACUCCUUGCUUGAGUGACCUUGAAGAUAUUCCCAGCAACACUGUACAUCUCAGAGCUGAAUCUUCAUCAUGCCAGUCCAUCGCCAACUCCAUGGAUAACCUACUCUUCAUGGAGGAUAAAUCUUUAACUUUCUAAACUUCUAGUUCUUUUUAUCUAGUUUUGUUAUUAGUCAUCAGUCUUUGCUUUGAGCUUGUAUGAGAUCAGUAGUAGAAUAAGAUUGUUUUGGCUUUCAACCAGAGGUUGAAUCCGGAGUUUUCUCACUACCUGUUAAAAUUAGCAUUCAUGAAACCAAUUGCUCUCUGCCCGCCGCAUAUACAAAAUGAAGCUGGAGAAGCAAAGUACCUGAAAAUGAUAUAUUCAUAUUGGAUCAUGAGUGCCUGAUUCAUAACUUCAUCAUUUUCUUUUAAACCCCACCAGCUUACAUCAUUAAAGCUCCACAAAGGAGAGAAAUGGAUAGGAAACAGGAAACAAUUUAACAGAGGAAGUAAGAUUUUUGUCCAGUGAGCUAAGUGUAUGGAGUAAAAACAACCAAAGUUCUGCACAGAAUAAGAGGGGCACAAUAGGACAAGCCAUGGUGGAGGUGCUGCUGUUAGUGGCUCAUCAUUGAAAUGAAUACCAUAAGAUGCCAAACUUUUGAAAAUGGUAUCCACUAAUACAAAAUACCCUAUUACCUUGCUAUCUCUCUUUUGUCUAUUAUGGUAAGCUGAUUCAAACAAUCAAGCUUAACAGUUCAUAUCUAUAUACUGUUCAAUCAGGCAGAAAUCUCAGAGCAAGGUAUUUGACUCUCUCUCUCUCUCUUUUUCUCUAGUUAAUGCAUUAGAAUUUGUUGCAUAACUUUGGUGUUAUAAACUGAAUCAUCUCAGACUGCACUGUUCUCAACCAUUAGAAAUUGUCUGGAACAGGGGUGAUGUAACGGCCCAAGCCUAUCGCUAGCAGAUAUUGUCUUCUUUGAACUUUCCCUUUCGAGCUUCCCCUCAAGGUUUUUAAAACGCAUCUGCUAGGGAGAGGUUUCCACACCCUUAUAAAUAAUAGUUCGUUCUCCUCCUCAACCGAUGUAGAAUCUCACAGGUGACGUUUCAGGUGGUGGCUUUAACAUUGACAAUUGCUGUUGCAUGUCCUGUGCUGCCGAGGUACACCAUUAAACUCUCUGUACUUUACUGUCAUCCAAAAAGCCAUCCGCUGUGAAAUUUUCUUUCCCUUUUGUCUGAAUCUGCAUACUUCGAACAAUUUGUGGGAUUUGGAUUGGGAAAUCCUUUCUCAACCUAUUCAACCACUUUCUAAAUAUGGAGGCUUUUUCCUUGCUGCUGCUAUGUGGAGUGUGAGGCCGAUCAGAUCCUAAAGCAAAAUAGAUCUGGUUAAUGGAUAAGGACCCGACAUUAUGAUCAUACUUGUUGACAUAUAGGUAUUCUAAUGCAUUAUUUAUUGCCUGCAAAAUUUGUACUUGUUCUGUAUAUUUACUUUGGGAAUACUUUUUUCUUUUAUCUCUGUUGAGACAGGAAUUAAAAACUUUACCUUGUAGAAGAUAUACAUUAACUACGUUGAGAUUAUCCAAUUUAAUGUUUUUGUGAGAUU